GGCGCUGAGAUAGAAAAUCCUCAAAUCUUACAUCACUGCUUACAUUACAAGUGUUAGAUUUUUAUUCGAAUUUCGAAUGCCAUAGUUUUCAAAAUGAGUUUGUUGACAGAUCCUAGAGCAGGAUCUGGGAAGAUAAUAAAAUUUUUAUUAAAAUGGGAACGACCCCUCUGUUUUCUACUUUAUAUCAGUGGGAUUAUUUGGUUAUUACUACUUGCUUUACCAGCAUUUAAUGACAAUACCUAUUUCUCUGAAAAUGCUUUAUUGCCAGGAUUGGUUACUACUGAAAGUAAUUUGGAACAAACAGCAAAACAGUAUUAUUACGAGUUGAUUCACGAAAUGAAACGUUAUCCCGAUACAAUGCCAUAUGCUUGGCUAACAGCUAAAUUAAAUCAGCUCCAAUUAGAUGUCUACAUACAUAAUUUCUCAUUAAUAUACCCAUUUCAGGAACAGAAGUUUACAGGGCAAAAUAUAUAUGGAAUUAUAAGAGCUCCAAGAGCAGCCAGUACAGAGGCAAUUAUAGUCAGUGCUCCUUUUAGACCUGUAAAUAGCAUUUAUUUAGAUACUGCACCCUCUGUUGCUCUACUUCUUGCAUUUGCCAAAUUCUGUAGGAAACAAAAGUAUUGGGCGAAGGAUAUUAUAUUCCUAAUAACAGAACAUGAACAGUUAGGAAUACAAGCUUGGUUAGAUGCAUAUCAUGGAGUUACAAGUGGUGAUAAAGGUGUACUUAUACCUGGAGAUCUUGCAGGUCGAGCUGGCUCCAUUCAAGCUGCUAUUAAUUUAGAAUUACAUUCAAUGAAAAUUUCAUCUAUUGAUGUUAAAGUUGAAGGUUUGAAUGGACAACUGCCUAACUUGGAUCUUUUUAAUUUAGCACAGAAUAUGAUUGCUAAAGGAGGAAUAAGACACUCGGUUCAGAAACGUUUUGAUGUUAAAUACAAAAACAAAUUAAAAAACUGGCGUUAUCAUUUUAAUACACUUCUUAUGAUGAUAGGUACUCAGGCUACUGGAAUUCCCACUGGUAAUCACGGACUUUUUCAUAGAUUUGGGAUUGAAGCAAUUACUUUGGAAGGUUUUGAGAAACGUGGACAACAAAAUUCAGACGAAAAUUUCUAUCAAGUAGGUCGUGUAGUGGAAAGUAUAAUUCGAUCAUUGAAUAAUUUACUUGAACGAUUUCAUCAGUCGUACUUUUUCUAUCUAUUACCAUCAACCGAUACAUAUAUUUCUAUUGGACUUUAUAUACGGUGUUUGGUUCUAAUUAUUGCUGGAGUGUUUAUAAAAGCAUUUGCCAUCUGGCAGAGACUUCAGAUGUCUCCUGUAGAAGAUAAAAAGAAUGUUACUACGAUGCAAUCAAAGAAAGAUGGAUUUGAUAUUGGAAUUAUAACUUCAGAAAUAUUAUGGGCUCAUAUUUUUGGAGUCAUAAUCGCUUCAUCGCCUAGUGCACUAACGUAUAUUGGUAAAAAGAUGUGGAAUCUUCGUACGGAAGAUUCUAUAUAUUUUGGAUUUGCGGCUAUAACUGUAAUAAGUUUAAUGUGGCCAUUGUAUCCUAAAAGACAAAUGAAAUAUAAAAAUGCAGCUUUAAUUUGUGUAAUUUCAUCAGUGGAAUUAGCCACUGUGUUAAUGUGUAUAGCUAUGCACAAUUUUUCUUUAGCUCUCGUUACCGCUAUUGUUUAUGUACCUGUGAUUUUACCAAUUAUACCAAAACAAAAAUCUAGCAGCAAAUGUCGCAGCAUACUUUCAUUUCUUUGGUUACUCUUACAUCCGUUUGUGACCUCAAAUAUUCUUAUUUUGUGUUACACAUAUGCAAACUUUUCUACGGAUCCAUUUCUUUCGAUAUUGUUUCGUGGCUACCGUGCUACAAAGCAAGCAUAUGUCUUUAGUAUUAUGGAUUCGAUGAUAUACGGGAACUGGUUUUAUAAUGUAACAAUUACUACAAUAUUCCCCAUUUGGAUCCUAUUUUGGAAUAUCUUGUGUACAAACAGUGUGAUAUCUACGUAAUAUGCCUGAAUUACAUUUUAUUCUUAUUUAAAUAAUUACUACAAUUUUUGUAUUAUUAUUGGUAUGAGAAGGAGGGAAAUAGAGAUAUACCUACGAAAGUA